UCUUACCUCCUUCGCUGCUUCUCUUGUUCUGCAACGGCGAGGGAGGAACAGGGAGGGUCUGAUAGGCGCGAUGGUGUCGUUGAAGCUUCAGAAGCGGCUUUCCGCCAGUGUUCUCAAGUGCGGAAGAGGGAAGGUCUGGCUCGACCCAAAUGAGGUCAAUGAAAUCUCCAUGGCCAAUUCGAGACAAAACAUAAGAAAGCUUGUGAAGGAUGGCUUCAUUAUCAGGAAGCCAACCAAGAUCCACUCCCGCUCGCGUGCACGAAGGAUGAAGGAGGCCAAGAGAAAGGGACGACACUCUGGUUAUGGUAAGCGUAAGGGUACACGUGAGGCAAGGUUGCCAACAAAGAUUCUCUGGAUGAGGAGGAUGCGUGUCCUGAGGCGCUUGCUCCGCAAGUACAGGGAAGCUAAGAAGAUUGACAAGCAUAUGUAUCAUGACAUGUACAUGAAGGUGAAGGGUAAUGUCUUCAAGAAUAAGCGUGUGCUAAUGGAGAGCAUUCACAAGUCGAAAGCUGAGAAAGCAAGAGAGAAGACAUUGUCUGACCAAUUCGAGGCUAAACGAGCCAAGAACAAGGCAAGCAGGGAAAGGAAGUUUGCUAGGAGGGAGGAGCGUUUGGCUCAGGGACCUGGGGAGAGAGCACCACCGACAUCUGCACCUGCACCUCAAGCAACCGAGGGAGGAGCCAAAAAAACGAAGAAGUGAGAAAUCAAGGUGGGGAAGGAUAGAUGACUGUUGGAAGAGUCUCUGUGUCUUCGUUUUUUGUCAUGCUAUAAGUAGGGUUAUGAUGCAUAUUUUUUUACCUCAAAAUUUUUACCUUUCCACCCCUUUUCUUUCAUUACAUAAUCUGGAGAAGAGGCUUGAGACAAUUUGAUAAUUUGGAAGCUAAUUCAGUUGUGUAGUUUCUUAAA